UGAUGUUGGGUUUAUAUUCCGUGACGUCACUCUUGUCGUGAAAUCUUUAUCUGCGAAUGAUCCAUUAUUGGAACAAAAACUCUUGGACAAUGACGAGAUCUCGCUAAGAAGUGAUCCGACGGAUUUUCACGAUGCCUACUACAGACGACACACGGUUGUUAAUGGAUUCACCGGAAGAUGAGGAUCCUUCCACGCCCGUUACUCUUACAGGCAGUAGUCCCUCAACCGUGGCGCCCCCGCCAGUCUCGGCCUCGGUGCCCGCCGUUUCUCGCCAUUCUCCCGCGGCCUCGGGGGUGGGUUCGGACUUUCAGUUCAUUAAGAUCUUAGCUCGAAUCACGCUCCAACUGAUUCGACGCUUUUGGGCCUUUUCCUCGGCCACCAUCCUUUGCAUCCUGUUCUUUUACUGGCUCUGGGGCGGCCUCAUCGCCUUUUUCUUGGUCUUGUUUUCGGCCACAGGAAUCUUGUACCAUGCUAGUGACAAAGUGUUGUAUCAUCCAGACCAGCCCAAUACCUCUCGGGUCUUCAUUCCGUCGCCCUCCAUUGUGGGACUGCCUUUUGAGAGCGUCUACAUCAAGGCCAAAGAUCAGACGCGACUUCACCUCUUCUUAAUCAAACAGCCACCGGGUCAGAUUUCUAAGGCGCCCACUUUAUUGUUCCUCCACGGAAAUGCGGGCAACAUCGGUCACCGUCUGAUGAAUGUCAAAGGGCUCUACUCCCAAUUGAAGUGCAAUAUCUGUUUGUUGGAGUACCGUGGCUAUGGCCAUUCCGACGGUGCACCUUCGGAAGAGGGUUUAUAUAUGGACGCCCAAGCCGGAUUGGACUACGUGAGCUCGAGGAGUGAUAUCAAUGCAAAUAAGAUUGUGGUCUUUGGGCGGUCCUUGGGUGGUGCCGUGGCCAUUGAGUUGAGCGCUCGUUCAGAGAACCGAGAAAAGAUUGCUUGCGUGUUCAUCGAGAAUACGUUCACGAGUAUUCCGGACAUUGCGCGGUCUCUCUUCGAUUUUCGAUUCAUUCGAGCUAUUCCCACGUGGUUUUACAAGAAUCAGUUCAAGUCGAGAUGGAAAGUGUGCAAGAUUUGUGUGCCCGUGUUAUUCCUGUCAGGCCUGGCUGAUUCGCUCAUUCCGCCCAAGAUGAUGACGGAGUUGUUCAAUUCGUGCGGAUCUGAAAAGAAGCGAUUGGCCAGAUUCCCUGGGGGAAGCCAUAACGAAACCUGGACUUGUCAGCAGUAUUACCAAGCGUUACGCUACUUCUUAAACGAAGUUGUUGGGAUCGGAGUUACCAAUCUCGAUAUCCAAGUUGGUCAAGCUCGAGUUCACUCACCGCCCACUGUACUCGUUAGUCAUUCAAGCAUAAUUUGAGGUUUUUAUUCAUAGCCCCAGUCAAUAGAAGUUGACGGUCAAAAAAAUCGACGAAUCCGAGUCUUGUCCAGGGCUAAUUUACUUGGAUGUUCUUUCGAAAAUACACCCUGAAACGCAC